AUGGCCAGGAGCUUCCCCAAUCCCAUCCUCACAGUCUGGGGCACCACCUUGGCCUUUGAUGCCAUCCGCGUGAUGGCCUCUGCUGGAAUGUCAGGCGUACGUGUGGUAGCCACCGCAGCAGCUGCUGCAGUGGCUGAAGCCUCUCCCGUGGUUCUGGUGGGUGGCGCUGCGGGCGCUGCUGCGAUUGCAGGUGGCUAUGCCUUGAUGAAGGCGGCGGAGCAUUCGCCGCAGCAGGCGGAACGCCUCCGCACGUCCGUGCGGGACCGGGAGAGGUAUCAGCUGGUGCCUGAUGAGGAGAGGCGUGAAAGCUUUCAGAUGGCCGUGCAAAGGGCAGUGGUUUGCAUCUGGGACGCCUUGCAAUGGCAUCUCUCACCCCAAUGGGCCGGCAUGCCACAUGUGUACACUGGCUCACCAUGGCGAGCGGAAGCACGACAGAAGCACCACCAGAGCCUGUCGUCCCUGCUGACGGCAUCGACCUCGGAGACCGCAGCAUCCAGCGAUGCAGCGCUGCUGUCGGGGCGCCUCUGGGGAGAUCUGAUCUUCCUCUUCCUGCUGUGGUUGGACUUCAAUCCGCACACACCGAAUUGGGGUUCGAGUCACUCCUACGGCCUACCACCCAUUUCGAGAUUCUUCCUUCAAAAACUCCGCUUUUUGCUGCUUGAGCUGCUGAAAGCAGAGGAUCUUCGGCAUGUGGUGUCUGACUUCGCGCGAUACCUGCAAAGCGAAGCGGUUGAGGCCGGAUUGCCGGCGAAGGAGAAGGACAUGGUCUCUUUGACCGAGAAAACCCGCUUGAAAGAUUGGCAGAAGAAGGAGGAAUCUUCCAGCUCGUCUCAAGGGGCUGGAAAAGGUUAUCGUAGAGGUGAUCCAAAGGCCCGUGCUGCAGCUGCGGGUACUUCCCUUCCCAAAACUUCCUUCCCGGGCAUUCCUCAGAUCGCCCGUCUGUGGACUUUGGAAAAGGAAGCAGGACCAGAAUUUGUUGGCCCAGAAUUCCGAACCCUUGAUCAGGGUCCAGGACCUGUUCCGGCAAUUGUGGAAGAGCAGGCGGCUUUUGUUGCCUGGGAUCAGACCGAAGCCUUGAAUCGUGUCCACCUUGCGUUUUCAGCAGGCUUUUGGGCCAGACUUGCAUUGGAGACUUUCACAGACCAGAUUGCCCCUGCGGUGGUUUCAGAGAAAAGUUCUCACUUCAUUGUUCUCCGUGCUUGCGGGCUCGGCGGUGUCGUUCGAUUUGAUUCUGAGGCUGAUUUCAAUCAUUUCCGUCAGCAGAUCUUUGCUGGAGGGUGUGUAUUUCACGGUUUUGAAACGGAGACGGAGCUGGAAGUCUUUUGCCAAGGAUCUGAUGAGCAUCCGCUUGGUCCGAAUUCAAUUUUCUCUGCAGGGCUUCUAGAAGAAGCAGAUGAUGUUCCGACGCCAGUUGCCGUGCCUCUCGGAAUUGAGGCUCAGGUGUUUGUAGUUGAUGUGCAUGAUGACAUUUUGUCAAAAUGUAGGGAGUAUGAUCCAGUCACUGACUCCCUUGCAACGAUCCUUGGUUUUUCAAAUGAGCGUCCUUCCAGUUUGCCUGAUGUAUCGGUGCUCUUGGCUCAUGUCAGUGAGUGGCUCCUUUUGAGAUCUGAUGACAGGACGGGUUUUUACUCCGCUCAAGAAGACCAGGAAACAAGCCCUCCAAAGGCUGUUACAGCCCCCAAGAAAGCCACGGCCAAGAAAAUAUCGAAUGCAAUGAUCGCCGAUCAAUUGACGGCAGUGGUUGCCCAACUCCAGCUGAUCACUCAACGUCAGGAUCGCAUGGAACAGAUGGCAAGCUCUUCUGCCGCCGAUGUGCCAGGACAGUAUGUUGGGCCGGUUUCCAAAUUGCCGGCUGUGUCAGCGGGCUUGCCGAAUCCCAGUGGCGUAUCACAGACUAUUGGAGCAAAAGCACUGAGCCUAAUAGGACCUCCUCCCAAGACGCGAAAUGUGGUCGGGACCCAAGGUGCAGCCGCUGUCGAAGGAGACGAGCCGUACGAUGCAUUGCAGCCCCAAGAAGGUACAGAUGGAAUGCUUGCUGCGCUGACCCACCAGAGCACAGCGCUGACAGCCUUGGUAGCUCACCUGACGGAACAGUCAGGAGAUGUCUUAGGUCAUGCACUAGAUGCUGCAUCAGCAGGAGACUUUCAUAUGACGAAGGAACUGCUCGCUUUGCUGAUGGUUUCGGUCGAGCAGGCUGUAACCGACAGAGGAGACUGGCCUUUUGGCCCUCUAGUUCCACCGCCGUGGACAGCAGUUUGCCUGGCUUAUUUGAAAGAUCUGGAAGUCCUUUCCACGAAGAAGGGAGAGACAGCAAAACGCAUUGCAAAGGAUGACCCUUUUGAAGUGCAAGCCCUGAAGCGUACAGGAAUUCAUAGGCUUGCUGGCCUUAUGCUGGCUGACGGCCCGACUGAGCCUUUUGAGGUUUUGCGCAGUGGUCGACGUUUUCACCAACUGUCUGGAACUUUGACAAAAUUAGGUGCUGGAGCAGGUCCCUAUGAGAAGACUUACCCAGGUCAUGAUGUGCCACUUGACAACAGCUUGUUUGAUGAGACCGAGCCCUACAGAACGCUUGAUGCUAGCCGUUUGAAGGUGGUUGGUCGUGGACAUUUUGACGCUACUAGUUUCCUUUGCCCUGAACUUUGCAUGGCUUAUAGGUAUCCUGACUCCUUGCUGCUUGAUCGAACUCCUGGUGCCUCCGAAUAUCCUUUGAGAAUGGACCCGCGAGAUGAGGUCGUUUCGCUGGCAAAGCUAUGGGAUGCACGUGGGAUUCCUAUUGGCCUCCUGAAAGACACCCAAGCUAUGACCUCUUUUGCAUGUGCCAAGCAAGCUGCUAAAAAGAGCCGUAUUGUUGGUGGGGACCGCCUUGGUCUUUCCAGCAGACAGUCCUUCUCAGCUUGCCCCGAGGGUGAUGAAGUUUGCGAAGGACUGGUGAUUGAUGACUACUUUGUGAUUGCGAAAGUAAGCCAGUUGACUCAUACGACAGUUGCAACAGAGCUGUGCUUACUAGGCGUCCUAGCGCCUCUAUGCGUUGCCGAUGUUGCUGUUGACUUCUGCACAGAGCUGUUUGCGACGGAUGCAUCACUGAACAAAGGAGCAAUUGUCAAGAGCCGUAUUGACAAGGAUCUGGCCACCUGCUUGUUGCGUUGCUGCAGAUCCAAGGGUGGCUAUUCUAAAUUGCUAUCACCCUCCCAAUCAGUUUUGGCACGUGCCUUGGAUUUUGAAGAGAACGAGCCCUACGUUUCUGACAGUAUUAAGAGGCCCCUGGCUUAUCGUUUUGAUUUCAUUGAGGUUUUUGCUGGUGCUUCAGUUGUAACCAAAGAGGUGGCUGCCUUAGGUUUUACUGUUGGUCCGCCUGUUGACUUGUCCUUUAGUGCUGAGCUGGACGUUGACAGGUUGCAUGUGCUGGAAUGGUUGAUUCAUUUGGUAACCAACGGCUAUGUGAAAGCCAUAAUGCUCGUGAUGGCCUAUGGGAUCCUGCGUCUGUCAGCUUUUGAAGCAAGCCUUGCACAUGGCUCAGUGGAUGGAUUGGAAAGCCAGAUGCUGAAUGAUUUGUGCUCUUCUCAGAAGUGGGAGCUGGUGUCUGUCUGGCUGAACCCUUCUGAUGAUCCUACAAGGGAUGUGGUUUUGAGGGACCCUACUCCUGGCUUGGAUUUAGCCGCCUGGGGCCGCAGGGACAUCUAUCGUCUAGCUGCUUUGCCUCGUUUAAAGAGAUGGGCCUCGAAUUGGACUCGGCUCAUCCUUCGUAUGUUGGGUCCGUCUGCCCUUGAUCUCACUGACCAUGCCCUGUAUCCCAAUUGUGCUUUUCCUUUCGGCGUUGUCUCUGACUUGCCUCUUCUCUCUGAGCUUCGCCUUCCCUCUUUGGAAUUUGAUGCCACCUUGGGUUAUCCUGGUGAAG